AUGGCAGUACUCCUCGUCUUCGAUCUUGUAUUUCUUGUGUGUAUCACCAAGGGCACUGAAUGCCGUUAUCCAGCAAACUCGCGCCAGUUAACUGAAUCAAAAACCCAUAAGGCUAAUAGCUUGUCGACUGGACGGAGGAACCCACUGCUUUCGCCGCCGGCUACUGAUGUCACUGCUGAAAGCUCACUGGGAGCAGGCAGCGAUGUCGACGCAAUCAUUGCUAGCGCGUUCACAUCGUCAGAUCUCGUGUCUACGAAUAUCGAUGGUAUCUAUUUUAAUGAAGAUAACUCAGAUAUGAGUCUCCCGAGUCUCUUGGAUGUUCAAGAGUAUCAGAAUCUUAGUCACACUCACUUGUCUGGAUGGCAACCCUCCGAAGAACAGCAGACGAGCUCGUUCUUCAACCUAUCAAUACCAGCACAAGUGACUUCCAAUCCUCGAUCGCUUGUACAGCGACCAAAGUUUAAAGCUGGAGGGGAAGGCAUUGCGACUCUGAUCCUACACACGCUGAAAUCAUACCUUCGAAUGAUGCUGCAGCACAAUACCCUUCCGCCCUUCAUUCAUCCUCGUACAAUAUCUCCUGAUUUUGACCGAGGAAACACAGAGCCACUCACGAAUUGCAUCAGCUUGGUCCACAUGAUUGGAAGUAAAAUCAAGGGUAGUCGGAAACUGUUCUGGAAAAACGUAAGGCUGGAGUGUGAGCGCUUGCUUGAAGAUUAUCCCACGUUGAGCAAGUGGGAACUUCUUACUGCUAUGCAAGCCACUUGCAUUUAUAUUCUGAUUCGAUUGGAUGAAGGUGCGACAGACGAGAAUGACUUUGAUACUUUAUUACUUGCAGUGGUUACGGCAAUGUCUAAACAACUGCAGUGCUAUGACCUGAUACGUAAAUCGCAAUUGGCAGAUCGUGCUCACAGUCCCGACCAAGAAUGGGAAGAUUGGAUCUUCGAGGAAUCAGAACGAAGGCUGUGCGCAAUAUGCCGGGUUGUAAAUUUGCUUGUCUAUUUUGAGCCCGCAGCCUUGUGUGAUAUGUCCUCCGAAUUCGUGAUAGCCCCAUUGCCAGCCAAGAAAGCGCUAUGGGAAGCAAACGACGAGCUCUCAUGGCAUGCAGAAAGCAAUAGUGCCAAAAACCAGCCUUCCCUUGGGUUGACAAAGAAUGGUCAAGUAGUCAAAUUGUACGGGCUUGAACCAGACCAAAUGCACAGUUUACCUGGCACGUAUACUUUGAGUGUCACCAAAUCAGAGAGCGCUGAAAACUGGGAGGAAUGGUGUUCAGGUAUGGAUGGCCUUGGUGGCCUUAUUAUGCUUGCUGCUUCUUUGAUAGUUUAG